CCCAUAUUCGCUGUUUCAGUCAAUCAGGUCAGUUCUACUUGGAAUCUUUUGAUUCUUUAAAAGUUGUUUCACUCAUUUGGAAACACUUUGAAUCUAACUGAAUCGUAUGCAAAGAAUAGAAUGCUGGUAUAUUCAUGAAUGUUAUUUUUUAGAAGUUUAUUUGAUAGGGCUUAUUGGUGAACUUUUUUGUUGUUCACGUGAUGUUGGGAUUUGAACUGUCUCUUAAGUUUUUCUGUAUACACUAUGUGGGAAAGAUUGGUAUUUAUGUCCUAAUUUAGGAUCAGGCGAAUUGAUAGAGAAACAAGUUUUAGUUGCAAUGAUAGUUUAAUUGAAAGAGUGAGUGUUAUACGUCUUGCACUUUUGAACACAUUACUUCGGAUGUUUGAGGUUUUGUAGUGACCGAUCAAAUUUCUCCUGUGCCUGAAUUAUGUAAUUUUUCAGUUUUGUUUGAUAAUCCCUGCAAUUGCAUGAGUUGGAGGGUUUCAUGAUAUGAAUUUUUGAUAGGCAGAAAGCAGAGGCCAAAGAGGGUCAACAAGAGGUUGAGUGGGAAAGAUUAGUAGAAUCUAAGAUGGCGGAAUAUGAAGGGAUGACUGUGACUUCAGAUGUGAAAUCAGGAAACAUGGUUUUCGAGCCUAUUCUAGAGGAAGGGGUCUUCAGGUUUGACUGUUCUGCGGAUGAUAGAAAUGCGGCUUUUCCAAGUCUUUCUUUUGUUAACCCUAAAGAUAGAGAGACACCAAUUAUGACUACCGACAAAGCUCCAUCAUUCACUCCUACUUUUGAGUGUGUGCUUGGACAACAAAUUGUUAAUCUUCAGCUUCCUGCAGGUACCUCAUUCUAUGGAACAGGAGAAGUUAGUGGACAGCUUGAACGGACAGGGAAAAGAGUUUUUACCUGGAACACAGACUCAUGGGGUUAUGGUCCUGGAACUACAUCAUUGUACCAGUCGCAUCCUUGGGUACUAGCUGUUCUUCCAAAUGGAGAGACACUAGGGGUUCUUGCAGAUACAACAAAACGCUGUGAGAUUGAUUUGCGGCAAGAAUCAACUGUAAAGCUUGUAGCUCCAUCAUCAUAUCCUGUCGUUAUAUUCGGCCCAUUUCCUUCAGCAACUGAUGUUCUGAUCUCUUUGUCACAUGCAGUUGGAACUGUUUAUAUGCCCCCAAAGUGGUCCCUGGGUUAUCAUCAAUGUCGUUGGAGCUAUGACUCUGAUGCCCGAGUUCGUGAGAUUGCCAGGACAUUUCGGGAGAAGGGUAUACCUUGUGAUGUCUUAUGGAUGGAUAUUGACUACAUGAAUGGUUUUCGUUGUUUCACUUUUGACCAGGCAUGUUCUCCUCAAUAA